CUGGCUGGGCCGCCCCACCGGGGGUGGAUCUGGGUCGUCGGCCCGCCCGCGCUCCCGGCAUGCCCCGCUGCUGGCCGCUGCGGGCAGCACUCGGACUUGGCCUUGGGGGACCGCGGGGAGCCGGCACGCUCGGGAGCGGAGCCCCAGUUGAGCUUCCACCUGCUCAGAGGAUGUGAGUGGACUGUAUCCGGGAGCCCCUGGAAGCAUGGAGACGGUGGUGAUCGUCGCCAUCGGUGUGCUGGCCACCAUCUUCCUGGCCUCGUUUGCUGCCUUGGUGGUGGUGUGUAGGCAGCGCUACUGCCGGCCCCGAGACCUGCUACAGCGCUAUGAUUCCAAGCCCAUUGUGGACCUCAUUGGUGCGAUGGAGACCCAGUCUGAGCCCUCCGAGCUAGAGCUGGAUGAUGUUGUCAUUACCAACCCCCACAUCGAGGCCAUUCUGGAGAAUGAAGACUGGAUUGAAGAUGCCUCGGGCCUCAUGUCCCACUGCAUCGCCAUCUUGAAGAUUUGUCACACUCUGACAGAAAAACUUGUUGCCAUGACAAUGGGUUCUGGGGCCAAGAUGAAGACUUCAGCAAGUGUCAGUGACAUCAUUGUGGUGGCCAAGCGGAUUAGCCCCAGAGUGGACGAUGUCGUGAAGUCAAUGUACCCACCACUGGACCCCAAGCUCCUGGACGCACGGACAACUGCCCUGCUUCUAUCGGUCAGUCACUUGGUGCUAGUGACCAGGAAUGCCUGCCAUCUAACCGGGGGCCUGGAUUGGAUCGACCAGUCUCUGUCUGCUGCUGAGGAGCACCUGGAAGUCCUCCGAGAGGCGGCCCUGGCUUCUGAGCCAGAUAAAGGCCUUCCCAACCCUGAGGGUUUCUUGCAGGAACAGUCGGCCAUUUAAUCUGCAAGACUCUGGUCCCUGCCCCUGCGUGGCUCUGCCGGGCCUUCCACUUCCUGUAGAUUGUUCUCUGGGGCUCUGGCAUCCAGCCCCGGGUGCAGAGUAAAGCUGAGAGCCUCAUCCUGGAUGCCUCGGCUGCAAUGGCCAACGGUGGCUGGCGAGUGGCAGUGUAAUACCACAGUUAGGGGAGAUGCCUCGGCCCUCGCCAGCAGAAUGCGGAAAGCUGCGCUAGAACUGCUAGGUGUAGUACAUUCCAUGUUUCCAAGAGAAUUGAGUGGCCCUCUAAGAAUCAAGAGGCUUCACAUUAAAUUAGAACUCCUGGCUUCUGAAAAUCAAGGUGUGGCAACUCGGGUCUGCGUUUUAGAAAACAAUCAGAACUAAGCCGGGAUCGCCUCUUUGGGUGAUCCUUGAACUCCCCUGGCUGGUUUGUGUACAGAACCUGGUCCCUGAAGCAUCUGAGCCCCUCACCACCCGCCCCCCACACCCUGUGUCUUCCCGUUUCCCAUUUGUGUUAGAAGCUGAGGAAUAUGAAGUUGUUUCCUUUUUAUCACUGUGCCUGCAAUUUUCCUUUACAACCACUAGGUGAAUAGUAAACUUGUUCUGUUUUC